AGAUAUCGCCGCUCGCCCAUUGCCAGAGAAUGGAAGAUUGGUCGCAAACGCAUCACCGCCAUCAUUGCCUGUCUCAAUACCAUGCUUGUUGGGUUGAUUGCUGGUAUUUAUGCUGGUGAGGUGCCCAAGAUCCAGUACAAGCUUGGAGAUGAGCAUCACCAUGUGAUCUUGGGAAAUGUGCUUCUAUAUCUCGGCAUGGGAAUCACUACCCUGAUCUGUUGGCCACUUCCACUUCUCCACGGCAGGAGACCUUAUACAUUGGCAGCACUCGCAAUCGCCAUCCCACUUCAGUUCCCUCAGUCCAUAGCCACAGCUUUCUACAGAGGCCCACAUCUGACCAGAGCUCUCGUUGGCCUACUCGUUCCUCGUUUCUUCCUCGGUCUGGCUCUCGGCUUUGCGCACAUUAACUUCUUGUCGACUUUGCUUGAUCUGUUUGGUGCUUCACUUCAGUCACGAAACCCGCAUCAAGAGAUUGUUGUCUAUGACGAUGUUCGACGUCAAGGAGGUGGCAUGGGCAUUUGGCUGGGUCUCUGGUCUUGGUGCUUUGUUGGAUCCCUGGCUCUCGGAUUCCUGAUUGGCGCCUCCAUCACUCAGCAUCUUGCACCGUCCUGGGGAUUCUACGUCUGCGUCAUUCUUCUUUCCUUCUUCAUCCUGGUCAACGUUGUUGCGCCCGAGACACGCCGUGCUCCUUAUCGUCGAUCAGUUCUGAGAUAUCUAGAUGAAGACGAGAAGCUCAAGAAACGUGUAGCACGUGGUGAAGUCAAGUUACAUCUCGAUCAAGACGGCCCCAAAUACUGGUAUCAAGAGGUCUGGGCUGGUAUGAGACUCAUGGCCCACAUGUUUUGUCAAUUCGGCUUCUUCGUGCUCGCCGUCUACCUGGCCUGGAUUUACGCCUUGGUCGUCCUCGUCACAUUGCUCUUGGGUGCACUGCUCUCGCGCAACUACGGAUGGCAACCUCAGUGGAUCGGCUUGGCUGUGUUUGCUGUUGCAGUGGGCGCAGCACUCGCUGUCCCGUUGACAAAGGCCAACGUCUUCUCUCGCGACAGGGUUCAGCCUAUGCGCACCGACAGCGGGACAUUCGAGUCGCGUGUUACGUGGUCAUCGCAUCUCCUCAGGCGUUGCUUGUUCACCUUUGCUCUGCCUAUUGCUGGACUCGCAUAUGUCCUAGCAUCUCCUGGACCUAGCGUCAAGCCAGCUGGGCCUACUGUUCUCGCCGCAAUCAUCGGUUUCUUCUCGUGUCUCGCUAUGGCAGAGUGCAUUGGGUUGGCAAUGGAAGCUUUCGACACCAGUGAUCUUCAACCCGGUGUCAACAGCAGACAUCGUCUGGCCAGUAUGGAGAGUGCUACUCGCAGAAGACGCACAAACUACUCAUCUUACCCGCGUGUAUGCGCAGGUAUCUUCGCCGCUCAAGGAUUGGGAUUUCUGAUUGCAGCUGCCGCAACUGCUGUCAGUGGCAACGUGACCCGAGCUCUUGGAGCACAAGCUGCGACCGGUGUCACUGUCGGUAUUUUGCUGGGGUUGACGAUUUUACUUUCGAUUGUCAUGUGGCGCUUCAGAUCUGUCCAAGUCAUUCCAAAUGGUGCCUUUGGGUCCCGUGGGGGAGGCAGUAUUGAUGCAAAGGCAGAUCAAGACUGGAAGCCUGUCGUCAUUGGUAAUCCUUCUGGGAAGAUGAGGCGCAUGAAUUUGCUCGAAUUGGGAUCUUACAGCAGGUGGACAGAGAUUCGCAAGCUGAACCACUUGAUCAGCGACAAGAAGCGGUAUGUGGGAUGA